UUAAUUGUAACAAGAAAAUAUAAUAAAUAUAUUAGAAUUAGCAAUAUCAUUUUUUAAAUUUGAGAUGUAUUAAGCAAUGUUAAAUGAACAUGAUGGUACAUGAGUAGUAAGAAGAAAUUUGUAAGUUUGAUAACAUCUUAAAAUUGAGGAAACAAUCAACAUGAGUCUAAAGUUUGCUACCAACUUGUCCUUCAUGUUUAUGGAGACACCAUGUAUUAAAGAAAGAUACAAAUUAGCAAAAGAAGCUGGUUUUAAAGCUGUGGAAAGCGGUUUUCCUUUUGGUUUUUCCAUUAAUGAUGUAUCUGAAGCUAAAAAAAAUGCUGGCAUUGAACAAAUUCUCAUAAAUGUUUACACAGGUGAUGUAUCAAAAGGAGAAUUAGGAUUUGCAGCAGUCCCUGGAGAAGAAGAGAACUUUAAAAAGAGUAUUGAUACAACAAUCAAUUAUGCAAAAGCAUUGGACUGCAAAAUAAUCCAUGUAAUGUCUGGUAAAGUGAAUGAUCCAACACAUGUUAAUGAUGAUGUAUAUGAAAAGAAUCUUUUGUACGCAGUUGAGAAAUUUCAGAAGGAAGGAAUUACAGGUGUUAUUGAACCUAUCAAUAGUAUUACUGUUCCAAAUUAUUAUAUGAACAGUUUUGAAAAAGGUUUAAAGAUAGUGAAAAAAAUAAAUAAUCCAAGUUUAAAAUUAUUACUCGAUGUGUUUCAUCUACAGCAGAUAUGUGGAAAUAUUACAAAAAAUAUUAAGGAACUUUUGCCUUAUAUAGGACAUGUACAAAUUGCUCAAGUUCCAGACAGACAUGAACCUGAUACUCCUGGAGAGAUAGAUUAUAAAUAUAUACUUUCUGUCUUAGAAAAGGAAGGAUACAAUGGAUAUGUCGGUUUGGAGUAUCGUCCAAAAUCAUCUUCAGUGAAAGGAUUAAGUUGGAUGCAAAAAUAUGGUUACAAGUUGUGAUAAUACUGUUUCCAUACAAAAUAAUGAUUAUUGUAUUCUUUAACAUUACAUAGGAAAAGAAUAAAGAACAUUUU